AUGAAACGAAGAAUCACCUUUAUCCAGCGCGUCGAUGCCGGAUUCGACCCGCAGCAAGCUGUGUUAACCGCGUCAUCCCUCUCCGUCCGUAACCUGGACGCCGCGCGGGAGGAUCGCAUUACGGUCGGACUGGACGAGCUUCCAGAGGAGUUGCGUGCUGUCCUCGAGCAAUCUCAUGAGCUCCACCUCCGCUGGGCCUCCGAGAGGUCUUUCGAUGCUGUCGCGCCAUUCAGUAGCCGGGUUUCACCUGGUCUGCAUGUGCAUUAUACUCCGCUCAAGUCGGAUUCAUCUUCGGAGGCACUGUGCACGCUGCUCCGCACGGUAGUCGCACCCAACAAAGACGCUCAAUUUAAGGAUUGUUCGAAGCCGGAGGAUUCGUUCAUUACAACCCCGCUUAUCUCGACACGAUUCGCUUCCUCGGCCUCCCUACAAUAUUACACCCACCUCCCUUCCAUCCAGUCUCUGGUCCAAUAUAUUCAGAAUACUGUCUGUGACCAGAGUCGUGCAGAUGGCCCCGAGUGUCACACCCGGGCCAAUGCUCUCCUCUCUGCAGACUCGGUCGACAUCGACUAUGACAGCAUUUCGCACGCCUUAACUUUGUCCGGGCUCUGGACCAGUCCACCGACGGGCGGUUGGACGGAUCAAUUUCAGAAGCCAGCAUCCGAUGCCGAUCAAAUCGAGUUCGGUCUCUUGGGCGCCGAGGCAGGGCUUGAGCCAGAGGAGAUCAAGAUGGGCGGGCUGUUAGCUGUUGUCGGACAGGACGAGAAGCUAAAACCAACCAUGUUCUCAUUCCCCUCCCGCCAUCAACCUCUCACCGAGCCAUCGAGUUACACCGUCUCCUUCGCUUCCCCAACUGGUCUACAUCCAACAAUGUCCAUAUCCAUGCCACGAUCAUCCCUCAAACGACCCCAAGCACCUAGCGACGCAACCUGCGCUCUACACACAUACCUCACCCUCCCCUCUACCAUCUUCGGAGAUCAAUACCAGCUCGCAACAACAGAUCCCCUCUUCCUCGAGUCACACAAUCUCGUAGCCCUGCGUGCCUUAGCAGGUGAAAUGGACCUCGAAGCCCCAGACUGGGUUGUCCAGCGCUGGGGCUCAAACUGGCUUAUCGAACUAGCAACCCCACCAGAAGCCGAAGACGCGGCUAGAGUACCAGACCCCUCAAAUUGGACCGCCACUAUACCUCUACACCUACGCUACCUGUCACCGUCCGAGACAGGACACCGCACUGCCCACAUUCCCUGGCCCGUCGUCUUCUGGGCCUGUACCACCGAGGAUGGCACGAAGAUGGGUGUGAACCCCUUCGACCGCAAAAAUCUCGGCUGGGACGGCUUGUUCGGUCCGCGAACCAUGUUCUACCAGCUUCAGCCUGCGGGUGAUCGUCUUCUUGAGGAGAUCGAUGUGCCGGUUCUACGAAUUGAGGGCGGGGAUGGCUACUUCCAGAGUAAAUAUAUCGAGUUUGGCACCUGUGUGGCUAUCUCACUUGGAUUCAUGUGGGUGCUUUGGCGGCUUAUUCGUGUUGCUUGGUCGUCUGGACUUGGAAAUAAACGGGCUGAGGCUGCACAUGAUAAGAGAGAAUGA